UUUUUGUGCCACAGGAACGAAAUUGAUUUUCUAAUUUUGUGCUGUAAAUUCCAAAUUGGACGCUUUUUCGUGUAUUUGUUCAUCGUGAAACGAUAAUAAGUUGUUAUAUUUUGUUGAGACAAUUGUGUUUUUGUGUAAUACUUAUCGGUUAUGGAAGAAUAAUGUUGUCGUGUCUGAUAUCACUUUCGGGCCCUUCAGAGCUACAACAAGCGAUCAAAUGCUUGUUAGCAGUCGUGGGGCUCGCUACUCUACACGCUGCGUAAUAUAAUUUCAGGACUAGAUAAACAACAACGCGAAUAUAGAACGAUAAACCAUUAAUAUACAGCAAUAUGAUUGGUUGAGUACCUUCUUGUUUUCUGAUAAUCAUUCUAGUCCGAUUCUUCCAUUUACCCUCGUUUUUUGAUAUUGUAUGGACUUAAGUUUGUGGAGGACUUUGUGAUAAUGUUCAGUGAGUCGUAUGAGAGGCGGUUGCUGCAGCAAUGCAGCCCUAUGAGCCGGAAGCAGUCUGUGCUGGUCCGGCCUGAGCCUAUGGACAGAUUUGUACCAUGCAGAUUGGAACAGAACUGGCAGACCAACUUCCAAGCUAUUCGCCGUGGCACGGAGAAUCAACCAGCGAAGAAGGCUAGAGGAGAGGGCGGGGGGAAUGAUGGCACAGGGGGAGGGAGAGACCAUCUUGCGUAUGGCUGUCUUCUUAGGAACGAACUUCUUGGGGCCCAGAUUGAAGAACUAAGAGGUCCCCCGGCAAAUUGUGCUGAAGGCAACAGGGCUGCGCUUGGAGCAGUGCAGCUGGCUUCAGCAGCAAGAGCAGCAUUGGCGUAUUCUCCGCCUGUCUUCAGAUUUAGAGCCCCCGCACAUAGUGCAGAGGAAAACAUAGACCCGUCGCCAUACAGCCUAUCCCCAGUAUCAGCAAAAUCGCAGAAACUCCUCCGCUCCCCACGGAAGGCGACGCGCAAGAUCUCGCGGAUCCCGUUCAAGGUUCUGGAUGCCCCGGAGUUGCAGGACGACUUCUACCUGAACCUCGUGGACUGGUCCGCUCAGAAUGUCCUCAGUGUUGGCCUCGGCAGCUGCGUGUACCUGUGGAGCGCUUGUACUAGCCAGGUAACGCGUCUAUGCGACCUGUCGUCGGAAGGCAACGCAGUGACGUCAGUGGCGUGGAGCGAGCGUGGGCACCUGGUCGCCGUGGGCACGCAGAAGGGGCACAUCAGCGUUUGGGACGUGGCUGUUAAUAAAGAAGUGGCAAAACUGCAGGGUCACGUGGCGCGCGUGGGCGCUCUGGCCUGGAACGGGGACAUACUAAGCUCCGGCUCGCGGGACAGACAUAUACGACAGAGGGACACCAGGGCACCGGCAAUACAAUCGUCCCGGGUACUACAAGGCCACAGACAAGAGGUGUGCGGGCUGAAGUGGUCGCCCGACGGACAGUCGCUAGCUUCAGGCGGGAACGACAACAAACUCUUCGUCUGGUCUAUGCACUCAACGUCACCAGUCCAGACCUACUCGUCGCACGUGGCGGCGGUGAAGGCCAUCGCGUGGUCGCCGCACCAGCACGGCCUGCUGGCCUCGGGCGGCGGCACCGCCGACCGCUGUAUCCGUUUCUGGAACACCCUCACCUCGCAGCCCAUGCAGUGUGUCGACACAGGAUCGCAAGUGUGUAACCUGGCCUGGUCGAAGCACUCGAGCGAGCUGGUGUCCACGCACGGAUACUCGCAGAACCAGAUCCUCGUCUGGAAGUACCCCUCUCUUACUCAGGUGGCGAAACUAACAGGACACUCGUACAGGGUGCUCUACUUGGCUCUGUCACCCGACGGAGAGGCGAUAGUGACCGGGGCAGGCGACGAGACCCUGCGAUUUUGGAAUGUCUUCUCAAAAACACCCUCCCACAAAGAAAACAAAAGCGUCCUCAAUCUCUAUACGGCACUUAGAUAAAGUGUUGCCAGACGAAAAUAUUGUGCAAAGUUUUCGUUCUGGUUUUUCAAGUGUGAAUAGGAUCGCCACAGAAAAAGAAAACAAUUUUUUGAAUUUGAAAACGUUUGAACGUUCCUUUUUUAAAAAGUGGCCAGAAUUAAUUUCGCCGACAUGUGGCAAGGACUAAGCAUAGACAAUUUGAAAGUGUUUACCAAAUGCGUUUGGAUGUUAUAUUAGUUUUCUAUAGUAUUUAUUUGGUUGUUCGCAACGCGUAUAUUGUAAAUAAGAUUAUGCUAACUGGAUUGUACUAGUUCCUGUGGAUAUAUAUUCCAUACGAUAUCUUAAAUAAAGUUGCAUACAAUAGUUUAGCGUACAUAAAAAUAAUAGACAUAAUUUACUUUUAUUUGGAAGACAAAUCUUUUUUUUCUAAUUUUUUUUAUAUCGAUACUUGGUUCAGCCUUUGUGGCAAAUCAAAGGCUUCAAAAGUCAUACAGCCUCAUUUUUUAUAAACAUGCAUAAAAAAGUUUUUUUAUUUAUAGAGAUAUUGCAUGGAAUACAUAACUCCAUUUGUAUAAUGUCGAAAUAAGCUGGACUAGGAAAAUGUUUCAUUCCUUUUGUGCAUUUGGUGAUUUUUUUGUUACACAAACAAUUUAUAAUUGAAAGACAAAAAUAUCACCAAGAUAAUGAUUCUCUAAUACUCGAUUAUUACUUUUGUAAUACUGCAAUAAUCUAAUAAUAACAUAACGAUAAAGAAACUGUUUACUGUUUUGAAUAUCGAAUAUUAGUAUAUUCCAUAUUCAAAAUAUUUUAGUUUAAAUAGUUUUUAUGCAACUCUAUUCCGUGAUCCAUAAAGAAAAUGUUCUUGCUUUAAAAAUAUAUGUUGCUUUUUCAUAACAUCAAGUAAUUUUCGAGUAUUUGCAGAUUCAUAUUUAUAAAUCAUAUAACGUAUAAUUUAUUUGUGAUAAUGUACAUUGGUUUGUGUAUCACAUAUAUGUAAUAUACACGGUGUGUAUUUAUUUCAUACAUUUCGAAUGAAAAGUUAAUAUUUUGUUGGGAAAUCAUUUUCAUAAGGACCUCUUCACAUCUGAGGUACACCUACAUAAAAGUGUGAAGAGACCCUUAUGUUUAGAAAUAUUUACUGACUACUUUGACCAAUUUACUUGAUGAACUUUUUGAAUUCAGUUUUCAAUUGAAAUUGAUUUUGAUGAAUUUUUCGUUUUGAGAUGGUUUACUGUCUAAAUUUCGCGCAAGAAAUGUACUUAUAUAGAUUUUUUUCUGUUCCAGCUAUUGAAUACGCGGUUUUUGUGUAACUUCUUUCAUGUGAAAGAAAGAGAUGGCUGGUGAGCAUGCUGUCUCUUUCUAUCAAAUGUUUUACAGUGACACUAAAAAUGUUCCAGAUUUUCGAGGUUCGAGUAGGUAAGAUACAGUAGGAGGAAAAAUUGUGUGUGAUUUGUAUUUUUAAACUUGCUUGCCUAUUAUAUCGGAAUUUGUGUGACGUUGAAAAGAGUAAAUUAAAGUAGCUACGUUCGUUUAAUAUUAAAAAGUUGAAAUUGUUUUGCAUUCAUAAGUUUUUCCAAAAAAUAAAAAGUAUUAAAGAAAUUUUUUUAGCAUAUAAAUUAUUUGAUUUGUUAUCCUUUCAAUUAAACACUAUAAUUUUCAGAUUCCCUGCCACACAAUAAUUCCGAUGUUUUCGUAAAAUGGUAUUGGCAUUUACUAAAAUUACAUCAAUACAUUAUUAUUAAGGACUUAAAGAUGGGUAUAAUGAAGUUUAGUGUGUAGACUAUAAUUUAUUAACUGUAAUAAAUUGAUUGUGUAUUUAACUAUUUAUUGAAGAUGCCUUCUGAUCUCAUUUGACCUAAAUUGGUAAAACUAUUUAGUUUAUAGCUUAUUUAAUUUAUUAUAAUUUGGUGUUCCUUAUGAUUAUUUUAUUAAGCCUAUGUGUGUGCGCACAUUGAAGUCAAUUCGGAUCUAUUCUAUAGAAUGUGCGAUCGCAUAGUUUUAUGUAAAUAUUAUAUAUUAUGCUUUCAAAAUUAUUAAGUAUCUAUUAUAUUAAAAUUUAGAUAUCAAAAUUUCGCUUGUAGUGUGGAUUCCUUUCAUUUGUAUAUACGGUCACGAGCAUUAAUAUGUAUACAUAUAAUAGCAAUAUAAUGUACCCACUUUAGGACUCUGUCGCACUAACAUAUUUGACAUUUAGUGACACUUAAGUUCAAUUUGUCAAAAAAGUUAAUGUGACAUGGUACCAAAGUGUAUAGUAUACACUAUAUUGUACAUUACAUUGCUCAUGACUGUACACGCUCAUUUCAUAUCUAGGUAAAUUCAAAUUUUACUUUUUUUUGUAGUAGAUAAAAACUAUUUUGAAAACAUUCAUUUCAGAUAUCAAUAAUUGAAAUACAGGGUGGUGAGUGAUUGAAGUAGACCGUAAAAUUUAUUUUUUCGUUACGUGGUAUAAAGAUACCCUGUGUAAAAAGUUACAUACGUAACUGCAUUAAUUUUAAUUACAGGUUUUAUGCUCGAUCGUAAAAGACUAAAAUUUUAAGUUGUUCACUUUGUUAUAAGUUAUAUUUGCCGUUUACGAAAUGAAAAGUCUUCCGCUACAAGCAACGAAUAUUUAUUUACGAGGCAUCUUCAUGUUAUUACUUGUGCUUAAAAAGUGUAAAUUCCUAUUAGCUAAUGUUGUAGUAAUAUCUUGGAUUUGUGCAAUUUAAAUAACAUGUGUAAAAAUAAGAUAUAACGUCAUUUCACUAUUAAAUAGAUUAGUUGUAAGAUUGGAAUAUUAUGAAACCAAAUAUAAAAUAAUACAGUUUUUGUAUGUCGCUUUUGUGUUUGGUAGUGUUUUGAACACUAGGGAGUCUUUUUGUAAAUUUGACUUGUAUUGGUAUCACAUUUCCAUUUCCACUAUUAGAAGGCCGAUAAUUCAGUUUCAAUUCCUUUUAUUGCACCAGUAAAUAUACUAUAAUUGUAUAAAAGUAAAAUAUUGUUUAUUCAGCUAUCUUCUUCCAUAUUAGAUGACCAUUAACGGUGCGUAUAUUUAUUAAAAAACAUCAUUAUUAUCAUAAUCCAACAAGAUUUGCAUCAUAGUAUUACCAGAUACAAGUCAAAGUAUACGUUAUUUCAUCUACACAAGUCAUGUUAACGGUUAAGGAAUAUGUUUUUAUGUAUAAUAGUAGGACUGGCAGCUUCGUACACAGUUUAUGUCACCUAAAAAUAAUAAAAACGACGUAAAAACUAUAGAUAAUAAAACAUUUUUCGAUUGCUGAUAGCGCCAUAACGUACUUACUAUGUUAUAACUCCUAGCGGAGAAAAUUAGCAACUUUUGACAGUUUGUUUUUUGCUUUGAGCUUACAUUACAAUUUGUUUACAAAAAACUCGAAACGUCAUAAAACUCGCGUUCAUAAAACUUAGCGUAAAUCUUAGAUAUUUCUUGUAUAUUGUAAAUUAUGCAUUGAAAAUGCAACUAUAAGGUUUAUAGUUUGAAUCUUGUGCAGUUUUGAAAGCGCUAUUAGCACGAAAAAUUAUGUUUUAUUUUUACAGAGUUAUGUCACUUUAUAUUCACAAAUCUUUCCACGGUUCUCUCUUCUGAUUAACUUUCUAAAUAAUCCACUAUUUUCUUAAACGGCGUCAGAUCCUUAGAAGAUGUAAAUUUAUGAGAUAUAUUUAUAAAUGAAGAAAAUAUAAUAUAUUGCACCUAUGUAAAGAUAGACUGAUAUAGAUAACGUUAUGUUAGUGUUUUAUGUAUCUGUAUUUUAGAAUAAAAUAUUGUGUGAUCUGUAAA